CUGAUGGAUUUGACUUAUCGUUUAUCCACAAAAGAUUCAAAAUCUUCCCGGUUUUUAAGUUUGGGCUUCAUAAGGCCCAAUUAGUGGCAAAUCCAUCACAGUCCACUAGGGUUUUUGAGAGACUGGAUAUAAAAUUUGAUUUUGUUCAUUGUUGUCAUUCGCCGUAAUCUGAAGAAGACGAAGCAAAUCCUCCCACAAAGAAUCAUCCAUGGGUCGUGUUAUCAGAGCACAACGUAAGGGAGCUGGUUCCGUCUUCAAAUCCCACACUCACCACCGUAAAGGUCCGGCCAAAUUCAGGAGUCUCGAUUUCGGGGAGAGAAAUGGUUAUCUGAAAGGUGUUGUGACGGAGAUCAUUCACGAUCCAGGACGUGGUGCUCCAUUGGCUCGUGUAGCUUUCCGUCAUCCUUUCCGAUUCAAGAAGCAGAAGGAGCUUUUCGUUGCUGCUGAAGGUAUGUAUACCGGUCAGUUUCUUUACUGUGGGAAGAAAGCUACUCUCGUCGUCGGAAAUGUUCUUCCUCUCAGAUCUAUUCCUGAAGGAGCUGUUAUUUGUAACGUUGAACAUCAUGUUGGUGAUCGUGGUGUUUUCGCUAGAGCUUCUGGUGAUUACGCCAUUGUUAUCGCUCACAAUCCUGAUAACGACACUAGCAGGAUUAAGUUGCCAUCGGGUUCGAAGAAGAUUGUGCCAAGUGGAUGCAGGGCCAUGAUUGGUCAAGUUGCAGGUGGUGGAAGAACAGAGAAGCCGAUGCUCAAGGCUGGUAACGCAUACCACAAGUACCGUGUGAAGAGAAACUGCUGGCCUAAGGUUCGUGGUGUGGCUAUGAAUCCAGUUGAGCAUCCUCACGGAGGAGGUAACCAUCAACAUAUUGGUCACGCUAGUACUGUUCGUCGUGAUGCACCACCAGGAAAAAAGGUUGGUCUUAUUGCUGCAAGGAGGACUGGUCGUCUCAGAGGUCAAGCUGCUGCUCUUGCUUCCAAGGCAGACUAAGGAGAGGAGGAUUCAAGAUGAAAUUGUUCACUUUUUUGGGAUUUUUUGUUGAAACCUUGUUUUGAAACCUUUAGAUUUACUACUAUCAUGUUCUUUGAUACGUUUGCCUAUCAGGUAGAAUCUGCAUUUCAGGGAUAAAUCUUAACUUUGAUUGCUGUUUCGUUUUGACAAGCUAACAAAAUUAAGAUUUUUUUUUUAAAUGUCAAGAAAUUAUUACAUAGUUAAGAAACAAUCCCAAGAGUUUUUGUUU